CCAGUCCUGGACACCGGUACAGCGUUUCAUUCAUAUCCGCACAGGGAAAUCACGCUCGCAUUAGGCUGUCUGUGUGCAGAAACAACAUCACAUCAGAGGGUCUGCUGUUGUUGGCUCGGGCUGUGAAAUCCAGCUCGACUCUGACUCACAUCUACAUCUGGGGAAACCACCUGGAGGAGCCCGUAUGCCAGGUACACCCCUCAGAUGUCUGUUUCAUCUUCUCCUCUAACAUCCCAUCACCCCUCUAACAGAUCCAUGCCAUAAAAGUGCACAUGAGUAUUAUACACAACAACAUCAGCAUCAGCACCCUGCAGACACACAGGUUAGAUGUGACUAUAACGGCUUCAUCAGAUUUGGACUCUCAGAGAAUAAAAACCGUUCAGAAGUCGCCUGAGAAUGAUCAAGAUUUUAGGAUUUCUACACAGUUGAACAAAUUCCUUGAUAUUCAUCAGUGUGUUUAAUUGUUCACAGCAUUUAGAGACUGUUCAUAUUUAAUUCUGUAUAGUUUAUGUUGCUUUUAAAUUAAUCCCUAAAACUUUUUUCUGAUUUUCAAUUUUUUUUGACAUCAGGGUUUUUAACUGUAAGUAAAAAGCAAAUGAGAUUUUAUUUUUAAAUUUGAUUGGGUUUUGUUGUUUUGUUGUUUUUUUUCUUUUGUUUGUGAAUUUAUAAGUUCUCUGGGACGACACAAUUUUUAAAAUUGUAUUAUAAUAUAAAACAAAGAAAAGGGGGACAUCAAAAAAAGUUUUUUUUAUUGGUCAAAAUGAAAGAAAACUUAAUUUCAUCUCUGAGUUUCCCUGUAACAGCAAGAAUGAUGCUCAAAGACGACCUCGUACUUCCAAAUUGAUUUUAUUCCACCUGUAAUCUGAGGUUAGUACAGAUCAUCUCCAAACAGACUCCUGGUUUCUGGAGUUUUGUUACGACAGUCUGAAGCACCUCCGCCCUUCCUGGGACCUCCAGGGUUUACUGGGGCAGUUGGCAGCGGAAUGUGAAACAGGUCAGGGAAGAGUUGCUCCCCCAAGUGAAUCAGUUUAAGUAUUUAUUGGUAUUAUUUAUGAGUGUGAUGGCUGCACUUACAGCCACACAGUGGUAAUACCCAUCAUGUUAGUGUAGUGGCUUAUAAGUAACAUUGCAUUCACACUUGUCUUUCUUUAAAUAUAGGAAUUAAUUUACAGGACAAUAAAUAACUGGUUUUGGUUUAGAAUUAAUUCACAUAUCCAUAACACUGCAUUCUAAAAUAAGUGCGCACAUUUUAGUUUACACUGUUAUGUAUGAUUAAUCUUUUGUUUUCUGAGUUACCUUAGUUGCAGCUGUUCCAGUCUCUUGAUUAAGGAGCCAAGAGGUGGAAAAGGGGCGGAGCGAGCUUUAAAGGAAAACUGCAAAUUGGUUCAUGCCAUAACUCGGGACCAUGGGGGGGGAAUUGGAGUUCAUUAUGUUUGGUUUAGUUAGGUUUUGUGUGUUUUACCCCCUUCUCCUGUUUUUGUGGGCUGAUCAGCCACUAUUUAAGUUUCCCCUUUGUCUCGUUAAGUUAGGUCAGUUUGUUUGAGUUAUCAGUAGUGUUGUCAACUUUGAGUAGAGUUCUGUUAUUUUGACCUCUUUUAAGGGCCCAAGACUUUGAUUCUUUUUGCAUAAUUUAACCACUUAUGUUUUUUGGGUUAAAUAAAAAAUAAUUUUUUUGGACUUUAACCUGUGCCUAAGUUUCCUUCACUGCUCGGUCCAUCACAAUGAGAAAGGGAAGAGUGGAGCAUGAAUGAUAACUGAGCACCAUAGGGCAGUUGUCCGUUUUGAUCCUGCUCCUUUUCACCCAUGGGUGCAGUUUCAUAUUAAGGGAAGGAGGUUCUGUAUGUAGGAAAAGAAACACUGUUGAACCAUGUGUGAAAUAAAUAAAGAAAUGAAAUGAAAUGGUGAUCUAUUGUAUAUAUAUAUUGUAUAUCUUAUAUCUUAUUCAUCUGUUCCUCUAUCUCUCCUGCUACUUUGAGCAUGUACAUGACAAAAGAAUUUCCCUCGGGAUAAAUAAAGUUAUUCCUAUUCUUAUCUAUGUUCCUACCUUCACUUAUGGUUACAAGCUCUGGGUACUGACCAAAACAAUGACAUCACAUAUAAAACAAUGAAAAUGAAUUUCCCCUGAAGGGUAACUGGGUGAAUUCGAGUUACUGCUCUGCCACACUGAGAGGAACCAGUUCUGUGGUUCAAGCAUCUGACAAAGCUUCUGCUGGGAGGAGUGUUUUGGGCAUGUCCUGCCAGUAGGAGUCCCAGAGCAGACUCAGGACGCGCUGGAGGGAUUACAUCUAUUGGGUAGCAUGAGAACGCCUUCGUGUUCCCCCGGGUGAGCUGGCAGAUUGGGCCCAGACUGAUGACCCGUGACCGAUAACAGAUGAAAAACUUCAACAGCCUUCCAUAUCACAGUUUCUGGACACUUGUGCCGGCACUACAGCAUGGAUCAUCCACAGCAGAAAGCCAUCACAAAUUUAUUUUUAAGUGACUUCAUUAUUAGUUUUAACCUGCCCCUGUCCAUUUUGGAAAUGCAGCCCAGUAUGUCGCAGAACAACCACUUCAGCUGGUGGUGAGAGAUGGGCUGUGAGAAACUAAAGUUGUUCUACUUGAAGAAGUACAUUGGUGGAGAAGCUCUCUGUGUUUUAGAAGGGACAUUCUAUCGAAGUGAUGAGGAAGCUUACAAACAAGCUUGGGAUGCUCUGAACAAACGCUAUGGACACCCAUUUGUAGUUCAAAGACCCUUUAGGGGAAAACUAAGCAGUUGGCCAAAGAUUGGACCAAAGGAGUCACUUAAAUUAAGAGAGUUUAGUGAUUUCCUCAUUUCUUGUAAGAAUGCUAUGCCCCACGUCCAAGGCCUCAAGGUUUUAGAUGAUUGUGAAGAAAAUCAAAAAAUAUUGCUGAAACUUCCUGAUUGGGCCACAACCCGCUGGAAUCGUUAUGUCACAAAAUUACUGGAUGAAGAAAAGGCAUAUCCAGGGUUUGCAGAAUUUGCAGACUUUGUGGCUGAAGAGGUGCGUGUAGCAUGUAAUCCAGUUUCUUCUCUGUUUGCCUUAAAAAACACAUUUGAAAAACCUGAGAAAGAACAAAAACGUCUGAAGGCCAGUGUCCUGGUUACGUCAGCAAAUGUGUCUAAAGAUGUGAAGAACACAACUACAGUUCGGAGCAACAGAAAAUCAAAACCCAACCUUUCCUCAACUCAGAACAAACGGCAACUUGAGUGUAUCUGCUGCAAGCAAAAUCAUUUUAUCUAUAAAUGUGCAAAGUUUACAGCAAUGCCGCUUGAAGAAAAGAAACAGUUCAUUAGGGACAACAAUAUGUGCUUUGCUUGUCUGCGAGUCGGUCACAUUUCCAAAAACUGUCAACAGAGAGCAACAUGUAAUGUCUGCAGAGGAAGCCACCCUUCUCCUCUCCAUGAAGAUCCUCCACUGGGAGACGAACCUGAAACACCAUCAGAAGAGGAGAAUGCAGCCACCGUAUCGUGCAGUGUGAGAGUGGGCAACAAUGAUUGCACUUCAAUGAUCGUUCCACUGUGGCUUUCUUCAUCAGCGAAGAAUCAAGAGACAUUGGUUUAUGCUCUGCUAGACACCCAAAGCAGCAACACAUUUAUUGACCAAGAUAUUUGUGAAAAGAUACAGCCAAGCAGGGAGCCAGUGAAGCUAAAGCUGACAACAAUGACUGACAGGUGUUCGAUUGUACCUAGUCAAAGAGUGGAUGGACUGAGGGUAAGAGGGUACAACUCAGAAAAGUACAUCGACUUGCCACCAACUUACACUCAAGAGUACAUUCCAUUGGAGAAACACAGUAUUCCAACUCGAGAGACAGCAAAAAAGUGGCCCCAUCUACUCAGCAUUGCAAAUGAAAUGCCAGAUCUCUUGGACUGUCCUAUAGCUCUUCUAAUUGGUUACGACUGUGCAAGAGCUCUAAAACCAAGGGAAGUCAUACCAGGAAAUGAUUAUGAUCCCUAUGCAAUAAAAACAGACUUAGGGUGGAGUAUCGUGGGAGCCAUUAAGCCAUGGAAAAGUUCGAUGGAAGCAGCAGGGACCUGUCAUUGUGUCACAGUAAAGGAGCUGCCAUCUGUCACACCUGCUUCUGUGAUUAAAGCACUUGAAAAUGACUUUCUGGACACAAACCAUAAAGAAGGGAGUGUAUCUCAAGAGGACAUUCAGUUUCUAGAGAUGCUGAAUGAGAACAUUCACUACAAUGAGGAAGGCCAUUUAGAAAUGCCACUGCCUUUUAAAGAACGCCCACAGCUUCCAAAUAACAAGCAGCUUGCAAUGUUUUGCUUGAAACGUUUAAAGGGAAAAAUGGAUAAGAACCCAAAGUACAAGGAAGACUACAUAAAGUUCAUGAAUAGUGUCUUUAAAGAUGGUGAUGCAGAGGAAGCAGAUGGCACAUCAACAUUCCGCACCAUGGCGUGUAUCAUCCCAGGAAGCCAGAGAAAAUUCAAGUUGUUUUCGACUGCUCUGCUAAACAUGAAGGCAUCUCUUUAAAUGACCACCUACUCACAGGCCCAGACUUAAUUAAUGCUCUGGCAGGGGUUUUGUGUAGAUUUCGAGAGCAUCAAAUAGCAAUUAUGUGUGAUGUGGAGAAAAUGUUUCAUCGCUUCCAUGUCAACCCAGAGGAUCGAGAUUUCUUAAGGUUUCUGUGGUGGAAGGACGAGAAUACAGAUACUGAGCCUAAGGAGUACCGCAUGCGAGUGCACAUUUUUGGAGCGGCAUCAUCACCGGGAUGUGCUAACUAUGGCAUGAAGUAUCUCGCCAGGGAACAAGAGAAGGACUACCCACUAGCAGCCAGAUUCAUUCACAAAAACUUUUAUGUGGAUGACGGGCUAAUCAGCAUUGAUUCAGUCAGGGAAGCCAAGCAGCUGGUCUGUGAAGCACAAGAGGUCUGUGCAAAAGGGAAACUGCGCUUGCACAAAUUUGCAUGCAAUAAUAAGGAGGUCAUGAGCAUUAUCCCAGAAACAGAACGAGCCAGCAAUACCAAAGAUGUAAACCUGAACUACUCUGUAAUUCAAAUGCAAAGUGUGCUGGGAGUAAAGUGGAACAUAGAGGCUGACGUGUUCUCAUCCAGUGUAGCCCUUAAAGAAAGGCCAGCCACACGCCGAGGAAUUCUAGCAACAGUUGCUAGUGUGUAUGACCCGUUACGAUUUCUCUCACCCUACAUUUUGACAGGAAAACAAGUACUCCAGGAAAUGUGCAAACGCGGAGUGGGAUGGGAUGAACCUAUUCCCCCGGCACUAGAGACCAAAUGGAAAGCAUGGCUCGGUGACUUGGAGAAUCAAGAUGCUUCAUAGCAAUCAGAGGCACAGUCAGACAGAUUCGUUCUGACCAAGGGACAAAUUUUGUUGGAGCUAAGAACGAGUUCAAGAAGGGUCUAUUGGAAUUAGACAAGGAGAUGAUUUCUAAUUAUCUAGCUAAAAACCAGUGUGACUUUCAAAUGAAUGUUCCUGAAGCUAGUCACAGAGGAGGCGUUUGGGAACGACAGAUCCGGACUGUUAGGAAUGUCAUGAGUUCUGUCCUAGCCCAAGCUACAGGAAGGUUAGAUGACACCUCAUUGAGAACUUUCUUCUACGAGGCCAUGUCAAUUUUGAACCAUUGUCCACUCACUACUGAUACGAUCAACGACCCCAACAGUGCUGAGCCUUUGACGCCGAAUCAUUUGCUCACAAUGAAAGAGUCUGUGCCACUUCCACCUCCUGGUAGAUUUGUAAGAGAAGAUUUGUACGCCAGGAAGAGGUGGCGGAGGGUGCAAUAUUUAACAGAGUUGUUCUGGAGCAGGUGGCGCAAGGAAUACCUAACCAGCAUUAGUUUAAGACAACGAUGGCAUACUCCAAAACAAAAUGUACAGGUUGGAGAUGUAGUGAUUUUAAAGGAGGACAAUAUUCCAAGAAAUGAGUGGAAAUUGGCAAGGGUGGUUGAAGCCAAUGAAGAUGAUGAUGGUUUAGUGCGGAAGGUUAAGAUCCAAAUAGGGCAAAAGGAUCUGGGAAAGAAAGGUGAACGUUUGAAACAAGUCUCUUUUCUUGAGAGACCAGUUCAGAAACUAGUGGUACUAGUUAAAGGGUCUAAACUACAGUGAAGUAGUACAAGGGUUAAGAACACAAGCAUAAUAUGUGAUCUAUAAGUUUAUUUAAGAAGUGAUUUUUUGUAACAUAAGUUGAUGUUUGAUUGUCAAUUUAUUAAAAAUUACAGGAUUUAAUUUUGUUUAACUCAUGUAAAUAGAAAUCCUUUGUAAUUUUGGUGGCAGUGUAGCUGUCGCAUUGAAAUGUAAUUAUUAUGUGAUUGCAAUGUUCAAAAUUUGGUGUUUAAUCUGGAUUCGUGUUGUGUUAUCGCCACCUACUGUUGGACCUGAGUGUGGCGCUUUGUGGUGCGCAUGCUUUGGGGUGAUGCUCAAUUAAGCGCACAUGUCACCAGAGACUGAAGGCUCGAGCCAGAAAGAGAACGCUGGCUUGUGUAAAAGGUGGAAAUAUGGAAGAUAUGGACUACAAUUGCUCAUGAAUGCUCAGUAGAAAGGCGCACACGGUAUGUUGGUGCAUUUACUUUGUGUGGAUGUUUUAUUUGAGUUGUAAUUUUUGUUCUGCUGAUGUAAUAUCUGUGUUUUUCAUUGAUCAUUUCACCAUAGUUUUUCACGGUGUUUGCUGGUGAAGAGAGGAUUAAAAUACUGGCUAAACAUCAGUUGGAACAUGGCCCUUUAUUCUACUUCGAACAUGAAAAACCUUCAGGAGCAGUUACACUGACUAUUUUCUCACCUUGUGUCAAAUCUCUUGCUUCUCAUUUAAAUGGAGAAUACAAAAAGACCCAGCUCAGUAUUUAUUGGGGUUGCCAAUUCAGAACAAAUUUCCAGAUAAAAACAAACAUAUACUAUUAUGUAAAUUAUUGUUUUUGGCAAGAAAAUGUAUUCUUUUUAAUUGGAUUAAUGAAAAACCACCAACAAUAACUCAGUGGUAUAAAGAAAUCUUUAGAGUUUUAUCAAUGGAAAGACUUGAGUGCAAAAUUAACUGCCAAUGAAGAUAUUUUUUUGGAUAUAUGGCGCCCGCUAUUGGAUUACUUACCUGAUGGUCUGAAGAAAACCAUAGUGAGAGGGGCAGCCCCCCUCCAAUGGCGGGUUGAGUUUGUCAGGACAAAUGUGUAAAUGACUGGUAGAUUGAAUUAUAUAUACUGUAUUGCUUUCUCGUUUACAUGUCUCAGACUGCUUUUUGUGUUUGUUUGUUUUUUGUUGUUUGUUUUCUCUCUGUUGUUGUUGUGGCAGUUGCUUUUGUUCUUUUUUUUCUAUUGUUUCUAUUUUGUAUAAAGGAAAAAGUAAAUUAAAAAAAAAUCUCUUGCUUGUCCACCAUCUCCUUCAACAGGUUCAUGCUGUGAAUAUUAACUCCUUGUGCGCAGCCAUCUCAAGAAGAGCAGAGAGUUUUAGAUGUUCACAUUGAAGAACAGCCUGUACUCGUCUCAGUGUUGAAUUCCGUCUUGUGAUUAUAGCGGCAGGGAUCGCUUUCUGUUCACCAAAUUCAGCUUCAAAUACAUCUUUGAAUGUUGUGCUUGUGUGCAGUAGAGAGCUGAGCUUAGAUAACUUUGAAAGAGAAGGAGAUGUCACUUUAGUUUCUCACAGCCCAUCUCUCACCACCAGCUGAAGUGGUUGUUCUGCGACAUACUGGGCUGCAUUUCCAAAAUGGACAGGGGCAGGUUAAAACUAAUAAUGAAGUCACUUAAAAAUAAAUUUGUGAUGGCUUUCUGCUGUGGAUGAUCCAUGCUGUAGUGCCGGCACAAGUGUCCAGAAACUGUGAUAUGGAAGGCUGUUGAAGUUUUUCAUCUGUUAUCGGUCACGGGUCAUCAGUCUGGGCCCAAUCUGCCAGCUCACCCGGGGGAACACGAAGGCGUUCUCAUGCUACCCAAUAGAUGUAAUCCCUCCAGCGCGUCCUGAGUCUGCUCUGGGACUCCUACUGGCAGGACAUGCCCAAAACACUCCUCCCAGCAGAAGCUUUGUCAGAUGCUUGAACCACAGAACUGGUUCCUCUCAGUGUGGCAGAGCAGUAACUCGAAUUCACCCAGUUACCCUUCAGGGGAAAUUCAUUUUCAUUGUUUUAUAUGUGAUGUCAUUGUUUUGGUCAGUACCCAGAGCUUGUAACCAUAAGUGAAGGUAGGAACAUAGAUAAGAAUAGGAAUAACUUUAUUUAUCCCGAGGGAAAUUCUUUUGUCAUGUACAUGCUCAAAGUAGCAGGAGAGAUAGAGGAACAGAUGAAUAAGAUAUAAGAUAUACAAUAUAUAUAUACAAUAGAUCACCAUUUCAUUUCAUUUCUUUAUUUAUUUCACACAUGGUUCAACAGUGUUUCUUUUCCUACAUACAGAACCUCCUUCCCUUAAUAUGAAACUGCACCCAUGGGUGAAAAGGAGCAGGAUCAAAACGGACAACUGCCCUAUGGUGCUCAGUUAUCAUUCAUGCUCCACUCUUCCCUUUCUCAUUGUGAUGGACCGAGCAGUGAAGGAAACUUAGGCACAGGUUAAAGUCCAAAAAAAUUAUUUUUUAUUUAACCCAAAAAACAUAAGUGGUUAAAUUAUGCAAAAAGAAUCAAAGUCUUGGGCCCUUAAAAGAGGUCAAAAUAACAGAACUCUACUCAAAGUUGACAACACUACUGAUAACUCAAACAAACUGACCUAACUUA